AUGAUAUUGACAAAGAAGCGAGUGUGGGGGUACCUGACAAUGCUGCUGAUAUUUGUGAUGAUAUUUAGGAAUUCAGCAUCGUGGCGACAUUCUGCAGGUGAUGACAAGGUUGGAGGCGGUUGGCUGAAGCCAAAUCUCUACAAAUGGGGCGACAGUGUGGAGCUUAUUGUGAAUAAGGUAGAAUCGGACUUAACGCAAUUGCCGUUUGGUUACUACGAUCUGCCGUUUACUUGUCCUCCGACAGAGGGGAAGAAGCCGUUGCAUCUUUCUUUGAGUGAGAUUAUCAAGGGAGAUCGUAAGUGGGAAAGUGAUUACAAGCUGUGGUUCGGACAGGACUCCGCUUGCGAGGGCCUAUGUGCAAGAAAAACUACUCCUGAGGGAAUGCGUAGAGCCAGAGAGCUGGUCCGGGAUGGCUACGUGGUUCAGUGGUUGAUUGACGAAGAAUUGCCCGCGGCAACUACUUUUAUUUCGACAACAGAUCACAAGAAGUAUUAUGCGUCCGGAUUCCCUCUUGGGUUUGUUGAUCCCGACACGGGGAAGAGUUAUCUGAAUAAUCAUGUCAUGCUAGUCAUUCGCUACAACGCCGUUAACGGGGACACUUUCAGUAUUGUGGGCUUCGAGGUUUAUCCCAGGUCGGUCUCAGAUCAGCAUUGUCCCGGCGCAUCGAAAGACUAUGACCAGUACGAGAUAGUGAUCCCUGAGGACGAAAAUGAGCUUACUUAUAUCCCGUUCACGUAUUCCGUUUACUGGCGAGAAGAGUUCAACGUGGACUGGUCGCAUAGGUGGAAUUUCUUCCUGAACAGCGGGGAGAUCUCAGAGGGCUCAUCUGUGAAAUUUCAUUGGAUGACGCUCUGCAACUCCGUUGGAAUUGCAUUUUUGAUCACAUUCAUAGUCGUUGUUAAUCUGAUCAAGGUUUUGAAGACUGGUUCCAGCAGGACAAAUGAUGACUUUCAAUUUACGUUCGAUGAUGAUGAUAAUGUCGAUUCCAUUUAUGCGGUGGCCCGGACGUGGCUCUCACAGACCGAUUCUUCAUCUUGGAGUUUGAGGAUGCACACCAUAGCUACUUCCGUUGGAGUGCAUUUCCUCUUCACCGUUCUCGGUUCAUUGACGAUUUCAUGUUCUUUGAAUCGAUUGCAUAAUAUCAGAAACUCCGUGGUAACCAUGGCUGUAUUCUGUUUCGUGAUCGGGGCAUUUAUGGCAUCAUAUGUCGGUACGAGGCUGAGGAUCGAAUAUCAUUCAUUUAGGAAUGAGGCUUGCGGGCACUACCGUGCUUUCGCUGUGCUAUGUGGGUCAGCCUUACCUGGCUUGGUUACAAUCAGCACUCAGCUUCUCAAUAGCAUAAUUCGCCUCCAGGAAUCUUCAAGCGCGCUUCCCUUCCGUACCGUUAUGAUUUUCAUCUCUAUCUACUUUGCCAACUGCAUUCCUCUUAGUUUGCUAGGCGGUGAAGCAGCUUAUCGCAUGUAUCGGAAGUGCGGUGCAAGCUUCGCAAUCCCAUCAGCUUUGCGUAUGAGAAACAGUUUCAAGCCGCUCAAGGCUCCAACGUGCAGGACUGGCAGCCUCUCGAUGAAGAACGUUCGCGCAAAACUGACCUUUGGCUCGAUAGCCGUUCUCCUGUGUGGUCUGUUCCCAUUUGCCAUCAUCUACGUGGAGAUGCAGUACAUCUAUAAGUCGGCCUGGUUAGAGAAGACCACGUUUUACCACUUCUACGGAUUUCUGUUGGCUAACAUCCUGAUGCUGUGCGUAGUUGUCUGCGAGAUAUCGCUGCUUGGAUGUUAUGUGCUGAUGAAGAUGAACAAGAAGGAUAGAAGGAUGACCACCAGCAAUAGCUGGAGGUGGAAUUGUUUCCUUAUGGGAACCAGUUGCGCGUGGUACAUGGAGCUCUACACGCUCUACUAUCUUUUCCACACCCUGAACAUCACUGGCUUUUCGUCGAUCUUUAUCUCGGUGUCAUACAGUCUCAUCUUCAACAUCAUGGCCGGAAUAGGCAUGGGUUCGCUUGGUUAUCUGACUUGCUGCUGGUUUGUGAACAAAGUGUACCGUACCAAAUACAUGACGGCGUAA